AUGGAGGGCCAGGAGCUGGUUCCCGAGCAGGGCCCAGAGCAGGACCCCGGACAGAGGAAAGGGAGGCUGACACGGGUGCUCCUGGCCACUACACUGGUGGCCACCUUUGGCUCGUCCUUCCAGUAUGGCUACAACGUGGCUGUCAUCAACUCCCCUGAGAAGUACAUGAAGAACUUCUACAAUGAGACCCACCACGGGCGCACGGGCCAGUACCUGAGCGAGUCGCUGCUGACGCUGCUCUGGUCUCUGUCAGUGUCCGUGUUCCCCCUCGGGGGUCUCCUCGGCUCCUUCCUGGUCGGCCCUUCGGUGAACAGAUUCGGCAGGAAAGGGACCUUACUGUUGAACAACGUCUUCUCCAUCGGGCCGGCCUUCUGCAUGGGCCUGAGCAGGCUUGCACGCUCCUAUGAAAUGAUCAUCGUGGGCAGAAUCUUCGUGGGGAUCUGCGCAGGGAUCUCCUCCAAUGUCGUCCCCAUGUACCUGGGGGAGCUGGCGCCCAGGAAUCUGCGGGGGGCACUGGGCGUGAUGCCCCAGCUCUUCAUCACCAUCGGCAUACUCAUCGCCCAGAUCCUUGGCAUCACCUUCAUCCUGGGCAAUGACCAAGGCUGGACCACCCUCCUGGGGCUCACAGCCAUCCCAGCGGCAGUGCAGGUGCUCGUGCUGCCCUUCCUCCCCGAGAGCCCCAGGUACCUGCUGAUUCAGAAGAAAGACACGAGCGCAGCCAGGAAAGCUCUGCAGAGGCUCCGGGGCUGGGAGCACGUGGAGGAUGAGUUGGAGGAGAUCCGGCAGGAGGACGAGGCCCAGAAGGCGGCGGGCACCGUGUCGGUGUGGAAGCUCUUCCUCACGCGCUCCCUGCGCUGGCAGCUGGUCUCGACCAUCUGCCUCAUGGGCGGCCAGCAGCUGUCCGGAGUGAACGCGAUCUACUACUACGCCAACGAGAUCUACACCAACACGGGCAUAGAGCCAAGCCAGGUCCAGUACGUGACGGUGGGCACUGGCGCCAUCAACGUGGUGGCCACGCUGGUCUCUGUGUUCGUGGUGGAGCUGCUGGGGCGUCGUGUCCUGCUGCUACUUGGCUUCCUGCUCUGUGGCGGGGCCUGCUGCGUGCUCACGGCAGGCCUGGUCCUGCAGGACACCGUCUCCUGGAUGAGCUACCUCAGCAUCACCUGCAUCUUCUCCUACGUCGUGGGCCACGCCCUUGGACCCAGUCCCAUCCCUCCACUGAUCAUCACUGAGGCCUUCCUGCAGUCCUCCCGGGCGUCCGCCUUCAUGGUGGGGGGCACGGUCCACUGGCUGUCCAACUUCACGGUGGGGCUGGUCUUCCCCUUCAUCCAGCGCUCCCUGGGUGCUUACAGCUUCAUCAUCUUCGCCUCUGUGUGCUUCCUCACCGCUGUCUACAUCCUCCUGGUCCUCCCCGAGACCAAGGGCAAGACGUUCGUGGAGAUCAGCCAGAUGUUCGCCAAGAAGACGCCAUCGGCCGAUGAUGUCCAGGGCAAGGGGGAGCUCAGGGACCUGCCUCCCGCUCCUGUGGCCGCUAGCUGAGGGGACCACAGGGUUUCCUG